AAAGUGUCGCUCCUCAAUUUCGCAAAUGAUCGGCCGAUUUUUCUGGUUAUUGUGAGCGGGGGAGAGAGAGAGAACUCGACAGAUGCCUGGAACGGUGGCCGCCGCCGCCACCGCUAUGGAGCCUGUUGAGCCACAGUCUCUGAAGAAGCUUAGUCUCAAGUCCCUGAAGCGCGCCUUCGAUCUAUUUUCCCCCAUACAUGGCCAUUACAGGCCUUCCGACCCUGCAAGCAAGCAGAUUCGAAUUAGCUACAAGCUAAAUGCAGAGUAUGGCUCAGUGAAGAAUCUUUCAUCUAAUCAAGGCCAGGAUCAAGUUAGCAAUGAUGCAAAUGCUCAAAGGGAUAAAGCACCUACAUCAUCUGCUUUGGCUCUCCCAGGCAAAGAUGAUAUAAAGGAUCUCGAAAAAGGUGGAAGUGAAAAUGCUAUUAUACCUGGGCCAACAAUGCCACCUAAAACAUUGGAGUCAGGUAUCCCUAGCAGAAGCGUCUCAGGUGCCGUGGUAUCAUUUUCUGGGUCUUUUGAAAGGUUUCCAUCAACAUCAGCACUUAUGGAACGAAUCCCGAGCAGAUGGCCUCGUCCUACUUGGCAUCCUCCAUGGAAGAACUAUCGAGUCAUCAGUGGUCACCUGGGAUGGGUGAGAUCCAUUGCCUUUGAUCCUAGCAAUUCAUGGUUUUGUACUGGCUCGGCGGAUCGAACAAUAAAGAUAUGGGAUGUUGCAACUGGAAGAUUGAAACUCACAUUGACGGGACAUAUUGAGCAAAUCCGAGGACUUGCUGUGAGUCAACGCCAUACGUAUCUGUUCUCUGCUGGUGAUGACAAACAAGUUAAAUGUUGGGACCUUGAACAGAAUAAGGUAAUUCGAUCUUAUCAUGGACACCUCAGUGGUGUUUAUUGCUUAGCUCUUCAUCCAACAAUUGAUAUUUUGUUGACUGGAGGCCGUGAUUCUGUUUGUCGGGUCUGGGAUAUCCGUACUAAGGCUAUGGUCUGUGCUUUAUCAGGGCAUGAUAACACUGUCUGCUCAGUUUUUUCUCGACCUACGGAUCCACAAGUUGUAACUGGCUCUCAUGACACAACUAUCAAGUUUUGGGAUCUUGUUGCUGGGAAGACAAUGUUAACACUAACCCACCAUAAGAAAUCUGUUCGUUCAUUAGCGUUGCAUCCAACAGAGCAAACUUUUGUAUCAGGAUCGGCAGAUAAUAUUAAGAAGUUUAGUCUGCCAAAGGGUGAAUUUUUGCACAAUAUGCUAUCACAGCAGAAGUCGAUUGUAAAUUCAGUGGCAGUAAAUGAAGAUGGCAUCCUUGCCACUGCAGGUGACAAUGGAAGCCUUUGGUUCUGGGACUGGAAAAGUGGCCACUGCUUCCAGCAAGCCCAGGCAAUUGUUCAACCUGGAUCACUUGAUAGUGAAGCAUGCAUAUAUGCUCUUUCAUAUGAUGUGAGUGGUACAAGACUAGUUACCUGUGAAGCUGACAAGACCAUCAAGAUGUGGAAGGAAGAUGAGAUGGCCACACCAGAAGCCUAUCCUCUUAAUUUCAGGCCACCCAAGGAGUUCAGAAGAUACUAGAAUCUACUUUUUAUUCAGCUCUCUACAUAGAAAUGAUAAUGGGUUGAUAAAUGCACUGUUAGCCAAGUCUAAGCAUCUCUGCUUUAGAAAGAGUUAGCUCAUCAACCAAGGUUUGAAGCAAAACUAGUAAAAUUUUGACACUAACUGAACUUUUUUAUUGAUAUAUGCAGUAAACAUUUGUGAGGAGAAAUUGAUGCUAUGUUGUGUGUUUAGUA